AUUUGUUUUGACAACCGAACCAAUUGAACGUUCCAUAGUUCCGCGAAAAAAUAAAUAAAACGUUGUUACAAGACCCAAACAGCAUUAUUCAUUAUUUUUGCACAAAGAAACUUAAGAAAGAAAGAAAAAAACAAAGUCCAACAAGAAAAUACAAACAGCAAUGGAAGCAGCCCGCAAGUCAUUUGAAAUCACCAACCAGGUGCGACAGAAUGCCGAAGAGAUUAAAAAUGCCAUGAAUGACUUGUAUAGCUGGGAGAAGGAAAUCAAGGAUAAGGAAAAGAAAAUGCAGAGCACUGCGGCUCCGGUUGAAAAUGGAGACAAUAAAAUUCUAAACACCAUGCCCCAGCCGCGUAGUCACAUCACAGAGCAGGCCUCGAAUAAAGAUGCGGCACAACAGCAACUAAACGAUUUAUCAAGCAGUAAGGCCAGGCAACAGUCAUUGGAAUCACCAACGGAAAAAGUGGAUACCACCCUGGACCCCAUGGCCUUGAAACACAAGGAGGCCAAUGAAAUCAAAGAUCGUGGCAACAGCUUUGUUAAACUGGGUCAAUAUGACAUGGCCAUUGAGGAGUACAAUAAGGCAAUUGAAUUGUUUCCCAACGAUGCCAUCUACUAUUGUAAUAGGGCGUUGUGCUAUUUGAAAUUGGAAAGAUAUGAUGAAUGCAUCGAUGAUUGUGACCGGGCAACAGAUAUCGACAACUUAGCUGUAAAAGCCUACUACCGACGUAUGUUGGCCAAUGAAUCGUUGGGCAAUAAUAUGGAUGCCCUUAAGGAUUGUACCACCGUACUUAUGAUUGAGCCGAAAAACAGUGAAGCAAAUCGUAGUCUGGAAAGAAUUAAUGAAAGAUUGAGGAAAAAUGCCAAAAACUCCAAAGGUCCCAAUUUCACCAGUUUGCGCAACAAUGUAGUUGACAUUCUACCAAUCGAUAAGCCAGCCUACAAACGUUCAACGAAACCUUUAAAACGUAUUGCUAUUGCUGAUGUUGUUGGUCCCAAAGAAAGUAAAAAUCAUGAAAACCUACAGAUCUCUGAUGAAGAUAUCGAUAAAAUUUUCAAUAGUAAUUGUGGUUACUUUAAAGAGGUGAAAAAUCCCGAAGAAAGACUCAAAGCCAAAGAGAGUGCAGCCAAACAAGUACAACCUGUGGUAGAUAACAAGGAAAAUACCAAAAUCAAUGAGAACAAAGAGAAUGUUGCUGUUAAGAAAACAGUCACACAAGAUGUUAAAAAAGAAAAGGCAAACAGCAAAGAAGCUGAUGCUGUAAAGAAAACUGUUGAGGCCAAAGAACAAGAUUCCAAUAAAAUAGCCAGUGUUAAAAAAUCAGGAGCAGCAGCGACAACAACAAAUGUUGUUGAAAACAUCAAACAUAAUCGUCCUCUGCCCGAGUCUCCCAAAUCCACUGCUCAAUUUUAUUCAAACUGGAAGGAGUUAUCACCUCAACAUAAAUAUGAAUAUUUAAAGAGUAUUAACCCCAAUCACCUGGGCAAAAUUCUUGGUGCCGGCUUUGACUCGGAUACCCUUACCGAUGUCAUACGUACAUUACACGAUUUCUAUUUGCCGGCAAAAGAAAACGUUUUGGCCAAAACUCUGCUAGAAGUCAGUAAAAAUAACCAGGUACCCAUUUUGUCUCUGCUUAUGUCCAAUGAGGAACGUAAAGCUCUCUCUGAAAUCGUAAACUUUCUCAAAGGCGAUACUGCUUCAAACGAAGUUGCAGCUCAAAUAAUGAAAAAUUUCAAUUUGAAUUAAAUUAUUUCAAUUCAUUCAAAUUGAUGAUGUUCGAUACAUAUUCAUUUCCUGCCUUCCUAAAUAACGAUUUCUUUAGUGUUAUAAACUAUAUUAGCAUGUAUGUCAUUUGAUUAAUUUCAGUUUUGUGGUAUUAAUUCUAUUCUGUUUUGGUAAUACUUAAUAAUAUAAUAAUUAUAUGUAGAAUAUCCAAAGAAUUCAU